AUGUCCAAGUCGAUCCCAAAAGUCGAUUUGCGUCAAGUUCGAAAUGAAACAUCAAUUGCAGCUGCCAUUCGCACAGUGAAUGCUGCAUUCUCAUCCGAUCCGCUGAUCCAGUGGUUACGGCCCAAUGCAACGCCAUGGGCUCAACCAGACAAGUCAGUAUGGAAAUGGCAGUAUCGACGUAUCCAGUCGGUGAUGGCUCACGGCAGGGUGCUUCACUCGGCCAGCGUCGAUGAGAUGGCGCUGAAGUUCCCGCGGAAGCAAAAAGAAUCUACUGUGUCUGUCGAGACCGAUGUUACGCUGGUAAAGGAGGCACAAUCUUCAAUAACAACUGGACCAUCCGGUGGUGAAGAUGCAGGUGCUGUGCGAGUCGAUCAGCUUGUCACAGCCAACAAGAAGGGGUUGGAGAGCGCACAAGCUCAGUACUCAAAGAAUUCGAUGUGGUAUCUCGAAGUCAUUGCCGUGCAUCCUUCGUUACAAGCGCGGGGUAUUGGAGGAGGUGUGAUGAAUUCUAUUUUGGAACAUGUUGAAAACCAGCCGAUAUACCUAGAGUGUACUCGCCAGGAGAAUAUUGGGUUCUACGAGAGCUUUGGGUUUCAGGUGGUUGAUGAAGUUGAACUCGUGGAUGAGGAACAGAACCUGAAGUUAUGGGCUAUGGUUCGUCCUGGGAAAGCAUCUUGUCCAGAAUAA